AUGAGUCUGGGGGGUGGCAACAGCAGCCGGCGCCGCCGGGCGGAGAGCGGGGACCCCGAGCCACCCCCGCUUCCGCCCCCCGGAGAACCCGCCGCGGCCGGCCCCCCGCGCUACCUGCCGCCGCUGACCCCGCCGCUGCCCAGCCUGCUCGCGCUGCCCGCGCUGUCCGCCCUGCCCUCGCUGCCGCCCCCGCAGGCGCCGCCGGGACCGGCUCCGAGGCAGGACGAGCCGCAGCCGCUGGCCGAGGGCGUCCCGCGGCGAGGAGCCGGCGAGGAGCCGACGCCGCCGCCGCCGCCUCUGUUGCCGCCCCCGCCGCCGCCGCAGCUCCCGCUCCUGCUCCCGCUCCCGCUCCCUUUGGCGGAGCAAGAGCCGUCAACGGCCGCAGACUCCGGGGAAGGUCCGAAGCGCUUCUCUGAACCUCCCCCUCCAGAGGCGGCGAUUAAGGACUCGGAGGAGCCGAAGGCGGCGAGAGUCGGGGGGGACGCAGAGGGACGGAGCGCCUCGGAGCCGCCCGAGACCCGCUCGGUGUGCAGCAGCCGCAGCAACAGCAGCAGCAGCAGCAGCGACCAGCGCACGGGGCACCACCACCACCAGCACCAGCACCACCAGCCCAUCUGCAAAAUCUGCUUCCAGGGGGCCGAGCAGGGUGAACUGUUAAAUCCUUGCCGAUGUGAUGGGUCAGUUCGGUAUACACAUCAGCUAUGCCUAUUAAAGUGGAUCAGUGAAAGAGGGUCAUGGACCUGUGAGCUCUGCUGUUAUAGAUACCAUGUAAUAGCAAUUAAAAUGAAAAAACCUUGCCAGUGGCAAAGCAUUUCUAUAACACUGGUUGAGAAAGUUCAGAUGAUUGCUGUAAUCCUAGGAUCACUGUUCUUAAUAGCAAGUGUGACUUGGCUUCUGUGGUCAGCCUUCAGUCCCUAUGCGGUGUGGCAAAGAAAGGACAUCCUCUUUCAAAUCUGCUAUGGGAUGUAUGGUUUUAUGGAUCUAGUGUGCAUAGGUCUCAUUGUGCAUGAAGGGGCAGCAGUUUACAGAGUGUUUAAGCGCUGGAGGGCAGUUAAUUUGCACUGGGAUGUAUUAAAUUACGACAAAGCCACAGAUAUAGAAGAAAGUAGCCGAGGAGAGUCUUCAGCGACUAGGACAUUGUGGUUGCCGCUGACAGCUUUGCGAAAUAGAAACUUAGUUCAUCCGACACAAUUAACCUCGCCGAGAUUUCAGUGUGGCUAUGUACUGUUACACCUGUUCAAUCGAAUGAGGCCCCAUGAAGACUUGUCGGAAGAUAACAGCUCAGGGGAGGUUGUGAUGAGAGUGACUUCAGUGUAA